CCCGUUCGUGGCAACCCCUUUCCGAAGUGUCCCGUUUUGAUCAUGAAACUGCAGUUGCAGUGCAGUGGAUGGGGAAUUCUAAACAUCUAAACCACUAACACAUUACGAUUUUUCAACCACUGACACAAUAGUUUUUAUCCAACCAGUGUGUCCAAUUAGUGCGUUCCCCCACACAAUUCAAGGGAAUCCAAUGAAAAAUAACAGAAUACGGAACAAAUUGCUGCGCGUCAUGGAAUGAUAUAUCUCGUGGUAUUAUCGCGGUGACAUCGUCAUCAGGAGGAUUACACGUACAUCAUUAGUGGAAAGGAGUCGGUGUACGCCAAAUCAGGAAUUAGGUGGAUUGUAUCGUAACUGGAGAGCGCCAAACGCUGAAAUUAUUUUGACAGCGAAUGGCAAAUUAUUGGAGUGGGGGAAAAGUGUGUUCCGCCAUAUUUAGCAAACUUGUGACUUUUCGGAGGAAGUUCAAGUAACACCGAUAAUAUUAGUCAGAUAACCCAACUUCCAAUAAUUCAUCCCUUGGGGCAAUUGAAAAGCUAGAGAGAGGUCUUAAAUUGCCAAUGGUCGGUUGUUUGAUGAUGAAUUCCAGAUUUUAUCAAUAGUGAAUGUGAGAUUUUUUUUUCAACUGUCAAUUUUUUUAAUUCAACCGGGCGUCCUCCGAGUGUUGAUUUUUUCAUUGUAUUAUUCUGAUUUUACAUUGGAAAAAUGAGUUUCUUUGGGUUUGGUCAAUCUGCUGGACUGGAGAUCAUUCUGAAUGGAGCUGACACGAGGAAAACAGCAGAGAUUAAGACCGAGGAUGGCAAGAAGGAGCGACAUUUGUUGUAUUACGACGGCGAAACCGUUUCUGGAAAGGUAAUUGUAAGCCUGCGGAAAGCUGGAAAGUUGGAGCACCAGGGUGUAAAGGUCGAAUUCAUCGGCCAGAUCGAACUGUAUUACGAUCGUGGAAAUCAUCAUGAAUUUACCAGUCUCGUGAAGGAAUUAGCAAGACCUGGAGAAUUAACGCAUAACACUGAAUACACAUUCGAAUUUGCUAAUGUUGAAAAGCCUUUCGAGAGCUACACAGGUUCAAAUGUUCGCCUGAGAUAUUUCUUAAGGGUCACCAUCGUUCGGAGAUUGAGCGAUCUGGUUAAAGAGUUGGAGCUCGUCGUUCACACUCUAAGUUCUUAUCCGGAUAUGAAUAAUCCGAUUAAAAUGGAAGUUGGGAUUGAAGAUUGUUUACAUAUUGAGUUCGAAUAUAAUAAGAGCAAAUAUCACUUGAAAGAUGUUAUUGUUGGGAAAAUCUACUUUCUUCUAGUCAGAAUAAAAAUUAAACAUAUGGAAAUCGCCAUCAUAAAACGAGAAACAACAGGGUCUGGUCCACACACAUUCACUGAGAAUGAGACAAUAGCGAAGUAUGAGAUUAUGGACGGUGCACCGGUCAGGGGUGAAUCAAUUCCAAUAAGAGUGUUUCUAGCUGGUUAUGAUCUUGCGCCAACGAUGCGAGACAUCAAUAAAAAGUUCAGCGUUCGAUACUAUUUAAAUCUAGUUCUGAUGGAUGAGGAAGAUCGUCGUUAUUUCAAACAACAAGAAAUAACAUUAUGGAGAAAAGGUGAAAAGAGUAGAAGGUCCCAGACAGCAUCACCCCACCUGCCCUCUCACCUUGUCUCCGCUGAGACCGGUUUUCCCCAGGGUGCAGCGAUAAACGGUCCACCAUCCCUUCCUCCAAGUAACCACUCGGAAGACUCCGAAGAUAGAGAUAAUCCAGCAACUGACGACACCUCGGCUCCCAUCGAGGGGAUGACACGUGAAGAAGGUGACGGUGAGGGUGAAAAAGAAGAGGUCAGCCCUGAGCGUCAAUGAGUCCAACAUAUUUUCACAUGAAUCCUCACAUUCGAUUGAAACAACAGCGGAGACGAAGAAAAAAUUCAAAGAUGAAAGGAAGAUGGAAAAUAAUUGAAUCCUGUAAAUAUUAACGUCGUAAUCAUUAAGUAAUUGAAAACCUAACUAAUUAAUGCAGAAAAAUGAUAAGUAAUAUCAUCUUAUUAAACCAUGGCACCUAAUGAUUGAUAAUUAAGUCAAUCGACAGAUAUCUCGGUGUAAAAAACGAGAUAAUUUUCAGUGUAGAUGUGUCGGAUACUUGGAGAAGUUGAUGGCCGAUUGGAAAUUAUACUGUUUUGUAAUUUAAUAAAUAAUGUACAUAUGUAUAUAUAUAUACAGAUAUAUAUACAGUAAUUACCCGGAUCCAAAGCAUCUUUCACAGUGUGUCGAACAAAAAUCGAAAAUAGAGAAAUAAUGGUAGAUAGUCUGGACAGGCAUAACAGCGAAUAAUGGAUAAGCAUUGGGCUUUGCAUUCGGAUAAAUACAGUGUACAUGGUGUCUAUUUUCUAAUGCUCAGUUAUCAUCGUAACGCGCAGUGCCAUUUGGCGAGAGAACUGAACUUUGUCCCCUUAUGCCAACAUCCUUUUGCAUUCGCUGAAAUGCACCCUACGGAUGCUAUCAUCAUUGGUCAUUUCAACAGAACAAGAAAUAAACUCAUUACGAAUUGGAAUCCACAAAACAUUCAUUAAUAAGUUCGUUUAUUAGGGGAUAAAAAUUUCAAAUGUGAUUUUUCUUGAAGGAAUCUAAUAAAAAUAUCAAAUGCAUUGAAAUUAUAGGUUUUUAAAAAUCAAAUUGUAAGUGUGAACAGCAGUGGAAUGGUAAUGAAAGAGGAAUCUUUUCCACUUUGAAAUCAGUUUUUUUAUUAUAUCUUGGUUAGAAUCUAAAGGAGGUGACGAAAUCAUCUCUAGAAAAAACAGAGUUCUAUGAAAAUGAAUUUAUCACCUUUCGAUUCAAGCAUACUCGAAAAUAAUAAAUGUUUACGUUCAUUGAUCUCAAUCCAAAAAUUCAUAUCUGAAUAAAACGAUCAUGACGACGUAAUUGUAUAAAACGAACUAAUAGAUAUCCCUGUCCAUUAAAGUGAGCCAUGGCAUCUGUGAGAGUUUCUGAAUCACUCAGCUAUCGAAAAAAUUAAACUGAAAAAUGGAGCACAUGUGCGUCAUUCAUUACUAGUGUACUUUCUCGUCAACCCGGUGAUGUAAUAUUCAUUUAUUAUUGUUUUUAAUUCCGGAUGGAAAGUGAGAAAUUUUAUGGGGAAUGAGUAUUAUCGUCAGCGAGUUGAACUAAAUAACUUUAGAUAGGAAACAAGAACAAUCUAGAAAUUACGGGAAAAUAAUACCCGUUUUUUUGGUUAAAAUUGAAUUAUUAUUUAACUGCAUUCGAUUACUUUUUGAUUUUCACUUUCAUUUCAUCGUCAUUUCCUUUGCAAUUUAUCAAUUAAUUUUAUGCAAUGUAUCAUUAUUAUUAUCACAUUAUCAUUACAAUUAUUAUAAAAGUUGAUUAUAUUAUCAUUAAUUAUAUUCAGUUUCUUAUGGUAAUCAUAGUAUUUAUCAUGAAUUGAAUGACGUGUGUCAUUGCGUGAAUGAUAGAGAAAGAAAAUUUAAUAACAUUUCAAUAAAGUUUGUUACUUUACAUGUCAAAUAUUGUAUAUACAUAUACAUAUAUAUAUAUAUUCUAUGCGAUAUGCAAUUUGUUGUAUAUUUUAGUGUCUUAAUAAUUGAAUUACAAAUAUAUACGCGCUUGACGAUU